CAUCACUAUGUCUGGACGUGGGAAGCAGGGAGGUAAAACUCGAGCUAAGGCCAAAACUCGGUCAUCUAGAGCCGGUUUGCAGUUUCCUGUGGGUAGAGUACAUCGUCUUCUUCGCAAAGGCAAUUACUCCGAGCGCGUUGGGGCCGGCGCGCCAGUGUACCUAGCGGCGGUGCUAGAGUACUUGACUGCUGAAAUCUUGGAACUGGCAGGCAACGCCGCCCGUGACAACAAAAAGACUCGCAUCAUUCCUCGCCACUUGCAGCUGGCUAUCCGCAAUGAUGAGGAGCUCAACAAACUGCUCGGCAAAGUCACCAUCGCGCAGGGGGGUGUUCUGCCCAAUAUUCAGGCCGUGCUGUUGCCUAAGAAAACUGAGAGCCACCAUAAAGCCAAGGGCAAGUGAAGUCAAAUUGAGCCCGAAAGUGUAGCUCAAACAUGUUCCUUGCACAUCAAAAGGCUCUUUUCAGAGCCAUCCAUGUUUUCACAAGGAAAGCUGAUAACGUUUACGCUACGGGACUUCUUUUUUUUUUAAUCCUGUCGUUGAGUUGCCAACGAACCUUAA